GGUGGUUGUCCUGCUGAUUGAUGAGGUCGAUUGCUUGGCCACUCGAAAUCAGGCCAUCCUGUACCGGAUCUUCAGCUUGAUCACCUUGCCGAGACCCCAACUGGCGUUAGUGGCCAUCUCCAAUAAUAUCGACUUGCCAGAGCGUUUGUUGCCCAAGGUCUGCACACGCUUGGGCUUCGACCGGGUGGACUUCAGAAGCUACACGAGAGAUGAAAUCCUUGAGAUUCUUCAAUCGCGCCUGGAGACUCAUCAGGCGUCGGAGGCCUUUCGAUCCGAUACCUUGAAGUUCUGCGCCGCACGUGUGGCGGGUCACUCCGGCGAUGUGCGGAAGGCACUGCAGCUCUGCCGCCGUGCGUUGGACUUGCGCCGGGACGGCCAGAGCCAAGAGCCGGUCACCAUCCACUACCUACGCCGAGCGGACGAGGAUCUCCUCCAAGCCAAUCCCUGCGUGCGCGCCGUGGGCGGCCUCGGUGUGAAGCCUCGGCUCUUCUUGUUGUCACUUCUGCUGGAGAUGAGGGAGCAUCAAGCCGAGCAAAUGCAUGCCAAGAAGGUGGCACAAAGAUAUGUCAAGCUGCACUUGGCCAGAUCAGCCUUGGAGCAGGAUGUGGAAUUUGACCUCCGUGGGCAGACACUCAGGGGCUACGAUGAGGCGACCACCUUGAUGGAACGCCUUGAGGCUUGCACUCUGCUGAGGAGGCACUAUGUGAAUGAUGUGGUGGACGAGACCGGCAUCACACGAAGAUCGGGGCCGUUCCUGUCCCUGAACAGCCUGGACAUGGACGACCUCUCAGUGGCCCUGCAAGACGCCGAGACGGACCCGGUCCUCGUGGAUUUGCUGACCAAAUGACGCGCCUUCAGGCUGUCGGUCCAGCCGAUGCAGCCAGGCAGCCCCACCAAUUGGAAGAGGUAGCAGAUGGUAGCAGAUCCUGGUCGCAGCAGAAUGGUAGAUUAUUUGGCGUGGAAUUUGCCCAAAAAAGAACAUUCGCCUCUUCAGUAGGGCCGCUUUUCAUUGCGCUGAGCGACGCUCGGCCUCGCCAAUGUCCUUGAAAGCCAUCCGUGGCUGAAGUCCAUGCUUGAGCUGCUGAGUGGUUGCACAGUGCUG